GUAGAUUAGAGUAAUAAUGAUCGGAUUAGAUGGAGUUGGGAAAAUAUCUAUACUAUAUACUAAAAUUAUAAGAGGAAUUAAAUCCAUUAUUCCAACAAUCUGAUUUAAUAGAAAAACAAUCAAUUAUAAAAAUAUUCAGUUUACUUACUUUGAUAUAGGAGGUGGAGAUAAAAUAAGGUUGUUGCGGAAUUAAUACAUGGAUGUGCAAGAAUGCACAGGAAUCACUUUUAUCAGAGAUUAUCUGAUCCGAAACGAUUGCCAG